AUGGCUCAGAUCUUGAAAGAGAAGACUGGAGAGCCUAACAAAUUCCUCAGCUACUGGGAAGAUGAUGAAAGAGACAUGGAAAGUAUCAGUGUCACCAGCAGUGAACUUGAAGAUAAUCCGAAGAAGCAAAUGCUGUAUGCAGCUGAAAAGGGACAUCUUGAAAUGGUCAAGUUGCUGUUGUUGAAGGAUGCUCAGAUUGAUGCAACUACCAUAGAUGGCUGGCAGCCUUUACACAGUGCCUGUCGCUGGAACAACACUGAAGUGGCACUUCUCCUUGUUCAGAAUGGGGCAGACAUCAAUGCCCAGACCAAUGGGGGUCACACACCUCUCCACCUGGCAUCGGCUGAACCAGAACACCGUGACACCAUUGAGAUGCUUCUCAUGAACCGUUACAUCAGACCACACCUCAAGAACUCUGUACAAGAAACUGCUGCUGACAUUUGCAGACGGUCAAGCAAACUCCCAGGCGUUUUUUUUUUAUUAUUAUUAUUCCUCUUCUUAUUCCUCCUUAUUCUUCUUAUUCCUCUUCCUAUUCCUUCUUAUUCCUCUUCCUAUUCCUUCUUAUUCCUCUUCCUAUUCCUUCUUAUUCCUCUUCCUAUUCCUCUUCCUAUUCCUCUUCAUUCUUCUUAUUCCUCUUCUUAUUCCUCCUUAUUCUUCUUAUUCCUCUUCUUAUUCCUCCUUAUUCUUCUUAUUCCUCUUCUUAUUCCUCCUUAUUCCUCUUCUUAUUCCUCUUCAUUCUUCUUAUUCCUCUUCUUAUUCCUCCUUAUUCCUCUUCUUAUUCCUCUUCCUAUUCCUCUUCAUUCUUCUUAUUCCUCUUCUUAUUCCUCUUCAUUCUUCUUAUUCCUCUUCUUAUUCCUCUUCAUUCUUCUUAUUCCUCUUCUUAUUCCUCCUUAUUCUUCUUAUUCCUCUUAUUAUUCCUCUUCUUAUUCCUCUUAUUAUUUUUAUUUAUUUUUCUUAUUGUUAUUCUACUUAUUAUUAUUAUUUUUAUUAUUAUUAUUCUCAUUAUUUUUCUUCCUAUUAUUAUUCCUCUUCUUAUAA